AUGAUUUCAAGUCCCGAGAGUGGAUCAGGUUCUGAUAAUUAAAAACUGGACUUUGACUUUGAGCCCACUGAGAUUACCAAGAAGGAGAUAGUCCCAAAUGAAGAGGUAAAGAAGCCCAGAAAGUACAUGUAUAUUAUCUUUGCACUUGGUGCUGGAUUAUUCUAUGCUACUUAAAACCUGGUAUUGCAAGUAGUUUAUGCCUUUGAUGAAAACAAAAAUAGAGGUUUUAGAAUAGAGAUAUUGCUGCCAGUGUUUGUCGGGUACUUCAUCACAGCAUUCUCAAUUCACAUGAGUCUUGCUUAUCAAACAAAGCAAAAAUAUGGGUCUUACUGGGUCAAGGAAGCCUCUUCAUACUUGAGGUGUUCAGAGUAAAUUCGAAUUAAUCUCAAGAAUAAUGGCAGCAGCGCUGGAGAGAAACUAGGCUACUCGGAAAACAUCUAGUCGCAUCACUAAAGCGAUCUGAGCAUGACCAAAAACACUAUUAGCAUCAAUAAAUCGACUAUAGCUCUUGUUCUACUUAGGUCUAUGGUGAUGCUGACUGCAUACUUUGUGCAUAUGGCUGCAUUUUACACGUCACAGAGGGCUUAGAUAAAUUUCUCCCUGAUUAUAAACAUUUAUGCUCUUUGUCCAUUUUUGAAUUCAAUAAUGUUUUACUUGCUAUUCAAGGAGACUGUCAAGAAAAUACACAUAAUUGGAAUGAUCAUAAUAUUUGCUGCUAUUGUUAUUACCAGCCUAAGUUAAGAUACAAGUCAUCACAAUAACAGCAAUUCAGAUGAUGUUGAACCGAUGUCAAUUAUGGUUCCUAUUGGAUUAGCAGCUUUAAACACUAAUAUGUUUGUCGCUUCAAAUGUAUUUGCCAGAUUUAUGCAAGUUAAGUAGAUCUUGUCUUCAAAGUAAAACACAGCGGACUGCUGUCUGAUAUAAGCCACCAUUAUUGCCAUUAUAUUUGUUUUUAUGGUUGAUGAUCUAAGUGCUAGAACUUUUUUUGGAGUCAGUGGUGCAUCCUUGUUAUCUUCGUCAGCCAUAUUCUUGCUUAAUGAAGCUCUAGUCCAUGGAAAAGCUGGGCCUGCAUCUGCUCUAGUAGAAAUUCAAAGUGCUUUUUUGCUUUUGUAAGAGGUUAUAUUCCUUGGGAAAAUACCUAAUCAUCUACAGCUGAUUGGGUUUUUCUUGGGAUUAGCGGGCGGGUCAUUUAUCGCUUUUCAAAAACCAAAAAGUUAAAACAAUGCUGGUGCUCACUGA